AUGAUUCUUCUUACUGUGCUGUUCCUUUGCAUCAUUUCCACCUACUCAGCUUCUGUUAAAGGGCACACCACUGGACCAAGCUUAAAUAAUGACAAGCUAUACAAAUUUGAUUACUCAGCUGAAGUGUAUGUUGAUUCAGUGAAAGCAUCACUGCAGAAAAGUGCAGGGUACCGGUUUUCUUCUGGUGUGGAUGUCAACCUUCUGUGGAGAAAUCCUGAAAAUGAUGAUGACCAGCUGGUCAAAAUUACGAUAAGGGAUGUUCAAGUUGAAACUGUGAAUGAACGUCCAGCUGAUAAAAACAUCUUCAAAGGAAAAAGCACAGAGAAGAUCAUCGGGAAGAAAUAUCUGGAAGCUUUGCAGAGGCCCAUCGUUGUUGAGCUAGCCCGUGGAAAAGUCAAAAACUUCUACUCCUAUCAAAAUGAACCAGUUUUUACUCAGAAUAUUAAGAGAGGUCUGGCUAGCCUUUUCCAGCUCCAGCUGCACUCUGGUUCUGCCUCUGAGGUGGAUGUUUCUGGUAAAUGUGAUACUACUUACAACGUGCGGCAAGAUCAAGUGACUAAAAUAAAAGCCCUGGACUCCUGCGAGAGAGAAAAGCAUGGAUUUACCAGCCACAACCCGAUUUUAGAUGUCAGUUCAAAAUCCACAUCUGCCACAACUUAUGUGCUGGAAGACAGCUUCAUUAAAUCUGCUAAGGCGGAAGAAAAUUAUGUUUUUAUUCUGAAUGCCCGACGAAAAACAGGUGCCAAAAUAGUUUCAAAGCAGAGACUGGAACUGAAGUCAGUACAAGCUGGCCCUGGACUGAUCGCUGGGAAGCAAGUCGCUGGUGUUAUCAAGACCUUAGACUCCAGCUACGUUGCUGUGUCACUAGUAGCAGAACCAGUCAAAUCUGAAUGCAAAAAGUGCCCUUCACUUUCUGAACACUGGAAGAGCAUCAGAGAACAUAUGUACCCUGAAAAACUUUCCAAUCCUGAAGCAGUAAGAAGCUUUUUGUCCUUCAUUAAGAACACCAGAAAAGCCACAAAAGAAGAGAUACUGCAGAUUCUUAGAAGUGAAAAGAAAGAAGUUCUUCCGCAGAUGAUGGAUGCUGUAACCUCUGCUCAGACUCCAGCAUCACUGGAGGCUGUGCUGGACUUUCUGGACUUUAAGGAUGCAAGCACUUCUAUCCUGCAGGAGCGAUUCCUGUAUGCCUGUGGAUUUGCUUCUCACCCCAGUGAAAUGCUCCUGAAAUCUUUAACUGAUAAGUUUAAGGGUGACAUUGCAAAUGAAGAAAUCAGAGAAACUGUAGUCAUUAUCAUGGGAGCACUCAUCAGAAAGCUGUGUGAGAGAGAUGGCUGCAAGCUUCCGGCUGUUCUGGAAGCCAAAAGGUUGAUUCUAAAUAGACUAGAGAAGGCUAAGAAAGAUGACAAUGUGAAGAUGUACUUGCUGGCACUGAAGAAUGCACUCCUUCCUGAAGCAAUUCCACUGCUUCUGAAGUAUGCUGAGUCAGAAGGGCCCAUCAGCAAUCUGGCUGCCACUGCCUUACAGAGAUACAAUCCUUCUUUUCUCACCAAAGAGGUGAAGGAAACCAUGAACAGGAUAUACCACCAGACUCGCAGAGUCCAUGAAAAGACGGUGCGGACCACUGCAGCUGCUAUCAUCUUAAACAGUAACCCAUCCUACAUGGAAGUGAAAAACAUCCUGCUCUCCAUUGGUGAACUGCCUCUGGAAAUGAGCAAGUACAUGCUCGCCAUGAUCCAAGAUAUACUUCAAUUUGAGAUGCCUUCCAGCAAAAUAGUUCGCAAGGUUCUGAAGGACAUGCGCGCUCACAACUACGAUCGCUUCUCCAAGGCAGGCUCCUCCUCUGCCUACUCCGGCUAUAUCAUACGUGGUCCUGAUGUAACAUCCACAUACAGCCUUGACAUCCUCUAUUCAGGCUCUGGCAUUUUGAGGAGAAGUAACCUGAACAUCCAUAUUUUUGACAGAAAAAGUGAGCUUCAUGCCAGCCAGGUGGUAAUUGAAGCUCAAGGUCUGGAGUCCAUAAUAGCUGCAACUCCUGAUGAAGGCGAAGAAAACUUGGACUCCUUUGCUGGCAUGUCAGCCAUUCUGUUUGAUGUCCAAAUCAGGCCAGUUACAUUUUUCCAAGGCUAUGGUGACUUAAUGUCUAAAAUGUUAUCAGCAACUGGAGAUUCCAUGAACGUGGUGAAAGGACUUAUCCUCCUGACAGAUUAUUUACAGGAGAUUCAGCUGCAGUUUGGGCCAAGUGCCAGCGUGGAGUUCCUGGGAGGCCUGGCCAUUGACAUCUCAGGAGGGAUGGAGUUCAGCCUGUGGUACAGAGAAUCCAAAACUAACGUCAAGAACCGGGUAGCCACAUUUCUAUCUGGUAACAUUGAGGUGGAUUCCUUCUUUGUAAAAAGUGGUGUGGAAACCACUUUGGAAAUAGAAACAUCAUUAGACUUCAUCUCCACGGUGCAGUUUUCACAGUACCCAUUUUUAGUCUGUAUGCAGAUGGACAGAGUUGCGUCUCCACUCAGGCAUUACGUGACCAAGUACGAGAGCCUGCCCUCCGGCCGGCGCUACACUGCCAGGGCAGGGAAGGCAGUACUGCUGGCAGGUAACGAGUACCCUCUCCACCAGGACAACUCCAACAUGUGCAAUCAGGUUUUCAGCGCAAAGUCCGAGUCCUCCAGCAACUGGUUUUGA